CUGAGCCCUCACUCAACUCCCCUAGGGUUCGGGUUCGGAUCCGGAUCCAAAACCCUGACUGGCCUCCUCCCUCAAAUCCGCUCCAAUGGCGGCAGCGGCGCUGUUGGAGCUCGGAUGGUGUCUUCUGUGCCUUCGAUUGGAAAACCUUUUCCUACUCUGGACUUUGAGACCUCUGUUUUCAAGAAGGAGAAGGUCACUCUCGCUGGCCACGAUGAGUAUAUUGUGAGAGGAGGGAGGGAUUUGUUCCAUUUGUUGCCGGAUGCGUUCGAGGGGAUCAAGCAGAUUGGGGUAAUUGGGUGGGGAUCACAGGGUCCAGCUCAAGCACAAAAUCUAAGGGAUUCACUUGCAGAGGCUAAGUCAGACAUUGUGGUCAAGAUUGGACUGAGGAAGGGUUCUCGUUCUUUUGACGAAGCACGUGCUGCUGGGUUUACUGAGGAGAGUGGAACCCUAGGCGAUAUCUGGGAAACUGUCUCGGGCAGUGAUCUUGUGUUGCUACUGAUUUCAGACGCUGCACAGGCAGACAAUUAUGAGAAAGUGUUCUCUCACAUGAAGCCAAACAGUAUCCUGGGGCUUUCACAUGGUUUCCUUCUGGGUCACUUGCAGUCGAUUGGUCUUGAUUUCCCCAAGAACAUCAGUGUGAUUGCUGUAUGCCCAAAGGGAAUGGGCCCAUCAGUAAGGAGGCUCUAUGUUCAGGGAAAGGAGAUCAAUGGUGCUGGCAUCAACUCUAGUUUUGCAGUUCACCGGGAUGUUGAUGGCAGGGCUACAAAUGUUGCUCUAGGGUGGUCAGUUGCUUUAGGGUCUCCCUUUACAUUCGCCACUACAUUAGAGCAGGAGUACAAGAGCGACAUCUUUGGCGAGCGUGGUAUUCUGCUCGGCGCUGUUCAUGGAAUUGUAGAGGCUUUGUUCCAAAGGUACACAGAUAAUGGAAUGAAUGAGGAGUUGGCUUACAAAAACACUGUUGAGUGCAUUACAGGAAUCGUAUCUAGAACCAUUUCAACAAAGGGCAUGCUCUCCGUGUACAAUUCAUUGUCUGAGGAGGGGAAGAAAGAGUUUAAUGCUGCAUAUAGCGCCUCAUACUAUCCUUGCAUGGAUAUAUUGUAUGAAUGCUAUGAGGAUGUUGCCUCUGGGAGUGAGAUUCGGAGUGUUGUAUUGGCUGGGCGACGAUUCCAAGAAAAACAGGGGCUUCCGGCUUUCCCAAUGGGCAAAAUUGAUCAGACACGCAUGUGGAAAGUUGGUGAGCGAGUUCGCUCUGUGCGGCCUGAAGGUGACUUGGGCCCUUUGCAUCCCUUCACUGCUGGGGUUUUUGUAGCUCUGAUGAUGGCUCAGAUUGAAAUUCUAAGAAAGAAGGGCCACUCUUACUCAGAAAUCAUCAAUGAGAGUGUGAUCGAGGCUGUGGACUCCCUUAACCCAUUCAUGCAUGCUCGCGGGGUUUCAUUCAUGGUGGACAAUUGCUCUACAACUGCUCGACUGGGAUCUAGGAAGUGGGCCCCACGAUUCGACUAUGUCCUAAUGCAACAAGCCUUCGUAGCUGUUGACAACACCACACCCAUCAACCAAGACCUAAUCAGCAACUUCUUGUCUGAUCCAAUUCAUGACGCCAUUGAAGUUUGUGCACAGUUGAGGCCGACUGUGGAUAUCUCGGUUCCAGCAGAUGCUGAUUUUGUGCGCCCGGAGCUGCGACAGGCUAGAAAUUGAGUUGAAGGUAUGUGAUGUUUUGGGAGAGGGUAAUUGUAAGACUUAAGCUCAGAAUUAGUAUUCGGUUAUGUACCAGAAUAUUGUUGAGUCUGUAUGAGGUUGUGAGCUAUGAACUACUUUCCGAAUUUUAUUUGUUAUGUUAUUGGUUCGCGGUAUGGAUCAUCAGCUCA